AAAUAUACGUUCCUUUGCAUUUUAUCGAGUGGUGGCACUUUGAUAGUCCACGAGUAAACAGUCGAUAGGUAUUUUAUUAUCAGUGCGGUAGUAUCUUUUUCAAAUAAUUCAGGAAGCAAUUCCCUGAGAACUCUAUCAUAUGCCUUAAGAAAAAUCGUCUACUUGUAAACUGUAAACACGCUCUACUGCUAAGAUGGCAAGGAAGAUUGCUGCAUUUUCUUUUUCGGUGCUGGGUAAUGUGUUAAAAUUACUGCUAGCUGUAACUUUGUUAACUAAUGUUCUCUGUGAACAUCAAGUGGCUGACAAGGUUACCGAUGGUGCUCAUCCUAGUUGCAUGGGUCUGACGGAACCAUCACCGAGUCAUUCGCUUUUUGAUGGGUCAUACUUCACGUAUUCCACACCAGGUUUUACGGAUGAUGUUGCUGUUUCUCAAGAUGCCACAACCAAUGCCGACACACCAAAUGAUGUCACAUCCAGUGAUGCCACCGCCAUUGAUGACAAGAAAUUUGAGUAUCGAACAUCUGUAUAUUUGGUGGAACCGCCAUAUCCACAGCAAUACAGUGUCCGUGAGAAUAAAGAUGUUGACAUGGAUGUUGUAGCCGACCACGUUGGCAAAGUUGUCAGGAAAAUUGCCUCUUAUGUUCCACAGAAUCAUGAGGAUGCCGUAUACAAGCAGCUAACUGAAAAAUUCAGUCAUGGUCAACCCAUCCCUAUACCAACGUAUUUGGCAUAUUCUCUUGCUGGUAUCUCUGAUGGUAAAUUGAGAGGCAACAAUUUUGAAGGACUUUUAGAUUGUUUAGCUGAUAUAAUGUUGAAAAGUGAUUCUGAUGAAACGUCCAAUCCGUUUAUUAUCCCAAACUUAUUCCAAAAAUGGUGGAGGAACAAGCAACUGGAAAAGACGAGGAAUAAUGUGAAAGAAUAUUUGAAAAGGGCUUUAUUUUCCUAAGACAACGAUCUUCAUGACGAAGGGGCAAUAAUUGCUAUAAGCUGAAUACGUCUCAUCAAGCGUGAGCUAUAUCAAUACUGGCAUUUCGGUUUAAUGUUUCAAGUCGUAUUCAUACCUAUCUAGGUUUAUUGAUAUGUCGAUAAAGAUAAUGGGAUCAACUGUUUCCAUAACACUGUUUCAUAGACGACUAAUACACUGGAUGUUAAGCGGAUAUCCAACUAGUUUAUUUACCACCCACAAUAUAACAGAGCUUUCUCCGAGAUCUUCCUUAAGGUAUUUAAACAAUUCAGUGGCAUUCUAGUCUAACAUUCUAAGGCUGUGUCUCGUGGAAAGAAUAACUGUUCAAACAAAGAUUUGGACGACUCUUAAUGGAGCGUAUUUAAAUGGUUGUCGCACACUAGCAGAGUGGAAUAUCACGUUUAAUGCAAUGUUGAGUUGGCAUUCUGUAGCGAGCUUUAACCAACAUAUUGCACGAACCAUGUGAUCACCGAACGACACAGCUUUUGACAAUUACCAAAAUAAGACAAGAUUUCAUGCAU